AUGGCUUCCCCCUGUUCUGGGGAUACCAGUCCAGCAGGUCUGCCCCCUCCUGUAGCCACUCCAGGUGAGACACACAUGGGUCCGAUGGGCCCCGAGCCCCGGUUCCCGGACAUCUACGGCGGGGACGCGCAGCUCUGGGAGGCGCACUUCCGCGGCAUAGGGCGCGCCUACCGCGCGCUGGGCAAGGAGGACGACUUCGCCAUCCGCGUGCUCACCGAGGACUUCACGCUGCCCUUCCCCUUCGCCUGGCCGCCGGGGCCCGACCCGGCCCGCGGGCCGCUCUUCUACGACCCUCGCGACCGCACAGGCUUCGACUUCUUGCUGCGCGGCCCCGGCGCGUCGCCCCCCGCGCUGCUGCGGCCCCUGCACGCCACGGCACAGGCGGCCCUGCGCAAGCGGCACCUGGAGCGUCUGGCGCUGAGCUAUGCAGCGCGGGCACCGGGCAGCCGCCCGGCCUCGUCCUGCUGGCGUCCGGCCCCGCCGCCGCCACUGGCGCCUUCCCCGGGCCUGCAGGCCCCGAGGCCAGCACCCCCAGGCUGGCCUAGCCCCCAGAGCCCCUGA